GCACCUUUUUAAACCGCAAAUUAGAUUGAGUAAACUAACUGACCUGAUUAUUUCUCAUUCAAUGAUAUAUAUAACGGAACUAUAUUUAAACGAGCGGACAACAAGUCUUUGAGGACCCAAGAUAACAGCAGAUGAAUUUCACAACUUGUCGUUGACCUGGACAUAAGCGAUGAUUGCCUGUAAUGUAAUAGGACUUCUGAUCCUUCUGAUGUACGGAUACGACACUGCCGAGUGUCGUUCAAGACCUGGAAAUGUCCCUACACCUGAGUACAAAACAAAAGACGAAACAUCGGAGGAAUACAACAACAAACUAAAAGGAUCGUCUGGUCCUGAGAUCGAAGCGACUUAUUCAGGUCACAAAAAGAUAAACGCCCACGAUGAAUCAAAACUUCUACCAACCAUAAAUAGGACAGACCGGUUUCUCCUUGCAACUACUACAGCACCAACUCCUGCACAAAAAUCACGAAAAUGUCACGUGUGUCGCGGGUCACCACAGAUCUGCGAACAGCUGUACGUGCUGGAGGAAUGUCCAGCAGACAAACAGUUCUGCAUCAACGAACUGACCAACAAAGAGGAUGCCUCCAGAACAGUCAACAGAAGGUGUGGUACCCAAGAUGAAUGCGACAGCGGAUGGUACCAAACAUAUGCCGAUGACGACAAGUGCACCAAUUUCGACGAAAAGCUGGUGUACACAUCGGAUUUCUACUGUGAAUAUUGUUGUAACGAGGAUGGUUGCAACAAAUUGGUGAAUCCGCCAAAUACGUGGACGCCUUGAUCAGUUAUUGUAUUAAAUCUGAAAAAUAAACAAUUCGAAUGUUAAA